AAUGAUGUUAAAGAAGAAUGUAUUGGUCGUUUCUGGCAUAACCUCAUUCGGGAAAAACAAGAGUCAGAAUUAAUCACUCUUGUGAAUGAAAUGAAGAUUUCUCAAAAGAAGAAAGAUUUGCUGGUUGAACAUACGGCUCUUCAGCAUGCCAAGCUGCUCUACGCUACCGCACGUGAAGCCGGGAAGCAAUCGCAAAUUGUACAACAAAAAAUAACUAAUGAAUUG